UUAGCAGUCAUUUUUAAAACAUGUAAUAUAACAUGAUGGAAGUGGAACAUGCAUAUUUAAAGUAACUUAAUUAUUUCUAAAGAAAUAAUUAAUAAAUUUAGUUCCUAAUGCAUGAUAUAUCAUGUCACAGGACGAUAGGUGUGUAUAGUCGUCCAUCAUUUACAGCAGUUAUCUGGUUCCAGACCAAACCAAGAUUCAAUGUUACUUAAUAUUUUUGUGUUUGGAACAUAGAGCCUACAAAAUACAUAUUUUGUUGAAGACAACCAGUUGCUAGUCUUAUAAUACCUGGAGCAUGUCCCGAUAAUCAAUUCAUCUAAGGAUUUAUGGCUAAUUAUCAAUCCAGGAGGCUGUUACUGAUGCAGCCGUAAGUUUCACUUGUCAAUCCGGAUAUCCGGUCACAUAGGUUCACAACCCGACAAGACUAUAAAUAUUUAAAAAUAAAGGUAAAUGUAAUCACUGGUCACAACAUGAAUAUUUUUUAACUCUGUGUUACGUUAUUUCAUAGCAUUGUGAACGUGGAGGUUGUCCGCAAGUAUUUUGGAGUUGCUGGGUUGUGUAUUUGCUGAGGUUUGAAAACUGUGACUUUUUCAUACCAUGGUACACCUUGAAACCGUUAACUGGCCCAUAUGAGCACUGACAGCAUUGCUGCAGAGAUUCGAAUACACCACACAGUGCAUCAAACUGCUUUGCAUGGCUGUCAUCUCAGAAAGCUUAAGAGCAUGGAUUAUUGGAACCAUGUCCUGUGGUUUGAUGGGACCAAGAUAGACAUAUUUGGUUCCGAUACUGUCAAGUGUGUGGCAGCAACCAGGUGAAAAUUACAAAGAAAAGUGUGUCAUGUCUACAGUCAAGCAUGGUGUUUGACUGGCACUGGGGAGCUAUAGUUCAUUGAGGGAAACAUGAUUGCCAACAUGUAUUGUGACAUACAGGAAGUGAAUAAAUGAUGUCAAUAGAUGUGAAAAGGGUGGAGGGUAGGAUUAAAUAGGCUAAGCUUCUUCCUACUCCUUUUGGACAUGCAAAACUAUGAAUUGUACUAUGUGAUGUAUUCCAUUGUAAAUUGUGUGCAUGUUCAAAUGAAAUCAAACCAUUACCAUACCGAAGCAGGGCGCGAUGCAGCACAGGCAGAGGCGGUGCGUGGAAACAGGCAAAACAAGAUCAGCUUUGACUUUGGAGAAGCGCAAUCAACAUUUUUGCCCGUUUCUGAUGUCUUGCCAAGCAAACCACUACAGAAAUGUGUGCGCAGAGAGCAUUCCUAUGCAAAACAGGCAGACAGACGGACGGCAGGACGGAUACACGGGUGGGGGCUGUGCUAGGCGGCUCGGCGGCAGGCUGGUGGAAGAUGUCGUCCGGAGCCGGCGGGAGGGGAGGAAGACGGCUCAGGGGAACGGCGGGCUGCGGGAGCAGCGGAUGCCGAGGAGGAUCCGGAGAGGCCGAAGAGGGCCCUGUGGGGAUCCCUUUUCCCGAGCACAGCGCAGACAUCCUGGGCAGUCUCAACAAACAACGGCUCAGCGGCCUGCUGUGUGACGUGCUCCUGGUCACACAGGACCGGGAGUUCCCAGCUCACCGCUCCGUCCUGGCAUCCUGCAGCUCCUACUUCCACAAGCUGUUCACCUCUGGGGCAGCCGCAGACCAACGCAAUGUCUACAACAUCGACUUUGUGGUGGCCGAGGCUCUGGAAGCGCUGCUGGACUUUGCCUACACGGCCACCCUGACUGUCAGCCACGGCAGCGUGGCUGACAUCCUCGCAGCUGCACGCCUGCUGGAGAUCCCACCUGUUCAGGAUGUCUGUACACACCUGCUGGACACCAAAGUGCUCUCCCCGCCGGCGGGCAGUAAGCAAAGAGAAGAGGAUGAGGAGAGGGGCAGAGGAGGAGGAGAGCAGGGAAACCAGGUGCGGGCCCGAGAGUUCCUGGAGUACUUCCAGAGAGGGGCGCACUGGAGCAGCAGCUGCAGCACGCCAGAGCUCAGGGACCUGCCCACGCACCUGCACUUUAACCACGGCAAUGGGGGGACCCCGAGCAAUGGGGCACCUGUUGGCACUGGUGAAUUCUGUUCCCCCUUCACCCUGGCAUUGACCCAAGCCCCCACACAUGAGCCAGAGGAGGAAGAAGAAGAGGACGAUGAAGAUGAAGACGUAGAGGCGGUGCAGGGCAAUGGUAUAAGCCUUGGGUCGUUCUACUAUCCACCGUCCCAGAAUGGGCACUUCUACCUCCCCCCUGAGUCCCGGUUGGGGCAUGACGCAACAGAGGCAGAGGACGAGGCCAGACAACUCAUGGCAAGGGACAGAGGCUCAGCCAGUGCCCUCCUGCAGAGGAUGAUGGACUCCAUCGAGAGGCAAAAGGAGCAUGGGCCCGGGGAAGAGCCAGGCGAUGGCGAUGACCCGGAUAUGGAAUUUUACUACAAUUACUUUAACAGCACGCAGCGCGAGGACACCCCUGCUGCUGUGACACCAGGAGUGGCGCCGCUGUGGUUAUCACGAGGCAUCUCUGGCCAUGACAGAGUUGGCGGAGGGGAGAGGGGAGAGAGGGCCAGUGGGGGAGGCGGAGGGGAGAGGAAAAUGCGCUCAAAGGCCUUUCAGAAGUGCCCCAUAUGCUCCAAGGUCAUUCAAGGAGCAGGAAAGCUACCCCGCCACAUCCGAACACACACAGGAGAGAAACCCUAUGAGUGCGCCAUCUGCAAAGUGCGCUUUACCAGGCAGGACAAGCUCAAGGUCCACAUGCGGAAGCAUACAGGAGAGAAGCCUUACCUUUGUACGCAAUGUGGGGCUGCCUUCGCUCACAACUACGACCUGAAGAACCACAUGCGUGUUCACACCGGCCUGCGCCCCUACCAAUGCUCCAGCUGCUUUAAGACUUUUGUGCGCUCCGAUCACCUGCACCGCCACCUCAAGAAGGAUGGUUGCAACGGCAUCCCGUCUCGCAGAGGCCGAAAGCCUCGAGUGCGAGAGUCCGGGCUCUUGGAGGCGCCGAUGGGCCUGCUGAGCCCUGGCUCAGACACUGGCCUGGAACCUCACAUCAUCAAGGGACAGCAUCUCUCUGAAGCUCUCAAGUUGGAGGUAGAGGGGGCCCAUGCACACAGCCCUCAGCUGCAGGAGUUAGCUGGGGGGGCCGGACCCUGAGACAGAUGUUGUCGUCACUCUUCUCCACCUGUCUACACAGAGGAGGGAAAAACACACAGAUCCGAACUAUCAAACAUAUAUAAACAAAAAAAAACAGCUAUUUCCUCUAUAAAC